AUGGCUGAUAUUUUAGUAGAAGCUCUAGAAAAAGUCAAUCUUUCCAUUGAAAAAGAAAAUAAAAGAGCAGAUGUCUGGAUUGACGAUAUUCUAGAAACUUAUCAUGAACCACAACAAACAAAUCAGUCGCCUGAUAGCAUCGUGCGUGAACUUGAGCAGAAAUAUCUCACCCCAUCUUCAUCAUUUUCAACGGAAUGGCUGAACAAACUUCAACAAGAUUGGGAAGCUCCUCCCGAGUACACGACCCUUUUUAGUAUUGCUCCCACCCAAUCCCGCACUAUCACCCGCUUCACGCGCGAAGGCCUCGAAGGUCGUGUAACGGGAUAUAAAGAGGUCACUGUACCUGCCAACAGUAAAACUGCGAAAAACAGUACUUCUUUCCUACGAAAACCUGCCAAUAAGGCCGAGUUUGUCCGAGGUGCGGCAGGAUUUUUCCCAUUUGCAUCUGGAGGGCUCGACAGUGUAGUUGAGGCCGCAGCUCUAGAGGAAAAAUUUACGAGGGAUACUGAUAAUCCUCUAAAUUAUCUGGAAAACAAAUUGACCAGGGUGAUCGACUCGCGAAACUCAGAGGGGCUCCUUACAGUCCCGCCUGGAUUCAAGAGGGGUGGCCAAUUUUCAAAAACUAAUAAGGAUUCUGGGGAAGAUAAGGAGGCAGAAGAUAUCGAAAACCUGCUGGACCAGGAUCCAGAUGAAGAGGUUAAGGAGGCCAACAUUCCGGACAAGGAAAAUGAAUCUGUAGAUCUUGAUGAGGAGGACGAAGGUGAUGACAUUGAUUCUCUUCUUCCGAUCGAGUUUCCAGCCCUGGAACCGCAUGGAAUUUUAGCCGCGUCUAGUGCAAAGAGGGGAGGAAAAGAAUGGGCACAUAUGGUCGACAUUAAUCGUGGCUUCAAAAAUUUUAAAGAACUAGUGCCUCAGAUGGCAAAAGAAUGGCCUUUUGAAUUGGACACUUUCCAAAAAGAGGCUAUAUACCGAUUGGAAAAUGGGGACUCUGUAUUUGUUGCUGCUCACACAUCUGCUGGUAAAACCGUUGUGGCCGAAUAUGCUAUCGCACUGGCUGCAAAGCACAUGACAAAAGCUAUUUACACCUCGCCCAUCAAGGCAUUAAGCAACCAAAAGUUUCGAGAUUUUAGACAAAUCUUUGAUGAGGUAGGGAUUCUGACCGGAGAUGUACAAAUUGCGCCUGAGGCAAGCUGUGUUAUAAUGACAACGGAAAUUUUAAGAAGUAUGCUUUAUCGUGGGGCAGAUCUUAUCCGGGAUGUAGAAUUUGUUAUCUUUGAUGAAGUUCAUUACGUCAAUGAUCUAGAACGAGGUGUUGUUUGGGAGGAGGUGAUCAUCAUGUUGCCGGCUCAUGUAACACUGAUUCUACUUUCUGCGACAGUUCCAAAUACUUAUGAGUUUGCUUCUUGGGUCGGACGAACGAAAAGAAAGAACAUAUACGUUAUUUCAACACUAAAACGCCCUGUUCCACUUGAGCAUUAUCUAUGGACUGGUAAAGACAUGGUUAAAAUAGUCGAUUCUGAUAAAUGUUUCAUCGAUAAAGGAUGGAAGGAGGCCAAUGAUGUCUUAUCAGGAAGAGAUAAACAAAAGUUAUUACCUAAAUCAGAUGUUCCAGCACGUGGAGUUUCUCAUUCUCGCGGUGGGAGAGCAAGCUCACACCGCGGAGACUCACACCGCGGAGACUCUCAACGUGGAGGUUCUCACCGCGGAAGCUCUCAUAGAGGUGACUCGCAGUCUCGAGGACGUGGUGGGCCUCCAAGGGCAAGCCAUGCACCUGGUCACAUGGGCCGUGGAGGUCGACUUGGCGGCAGAACAACAGUUGCUCAAGACAAAAACCUUUGGGUUCAUCUUGUUCAGUUUCUUAAAAGUCAUGUGCUACUACCAGCGUGUAUUUUUGUCUUCUCAAAAAAACGAUGCGAAGAAAAUGCAGAUGCGUUAAGUAAUCAAGACUUCUGCACAAAUACCGAAAGAAGUGCUAUUCAUAUGAUAAUUGAAAAGUCUAUAGCUCGGCUCAAGCCAGAAGAUCGAUUACUACCACAAAUUGUGCGAAUCCGAGACAUGCUAGGCCGUGGUAUUGCAGUCCAUCAUGGGGGCCUGUUACCGAUAGUGAAAGAAGUUGUUGAAAUGCUUUUUGCACAAACCUUGGUAAAAGUACUGUUUGCUACGGAGACCUUUGCUAUGGGCCUUAACCUUCCUACAAGAACUGUUGUAUUUUCAGGAUAUAGAAAACAUGACGGUCACUCAUUCCGAAACCUUCUACCUGGUGAAUACACCCAAAUGGCAGGCAGAGCUGGUCGUCGUGGUCUUGAUACUGUAGGGUCAGUCAUAAUUGUGAGCCCAGCAGGGUUCGAAGCCCCUCCAACAACCGAACUCCGAAAUAUGAUACUCGGGGAGCCCUCUAAGCUUCGAUCACAGUUUAGAUUGACAUAUAAUAUGAUUCUUAAUCUACUACGUGUUGAGGCCCUCAAGAUCGAAGAAAUGAUCAAACGUAGCUUUAGUGAACAUGCUACACAACAGCUGCUUCCAGAACACGAAAAAGCAGUAAAGGUUUCAGAAGCAGACUUGGACAAAAUUAAAAGAGAUACUUGCAGUAAAUGUGAUAUUGACCUUGAUGAUUGUCAUCAGGCAGCACAGAAUUACAGACAACUUACUACCGAACUCCACCAUAAGCUUUUAUCAACCCCAGUAGGCCGCAAAAUGUUUACAUCCAAGAAGCUGAUAGUGUAUCAAAGAGAUGGCGUCCGGACUCCUGGGAUUCUGUUAAAAGAUGGCGUUGUCGGAGGGACAACGCCGUCUGUUCAUGUCUUAGAAAUAAGAACGAAAAGAGACAGUAGAGACACUACUGACCUUCUUCCUUACAUGCCUAAGUUUCGCAAGUUGUUUACCCAGCUUCCUCAGAGCAAAGUUUUGAUAUACACUAAACCCCAUCAUAUUCCCGUGAGCCAUAUUGAAUGCGUUACAAAGACUACCCUUAAAGGGGUUGUACCCGAGAUUUUUAGCCGCGGUGAAGACCAUUUCAAAGCAAAGGAGCAACUUUUUAAUCUUUGUCGAAAGUGGGAAGCGUCCGAAUGGGACGAGACAGAUUGGUCAAAGAUUAAAGACAUGCAACUUCGUGACAUACUGACAAAACGCGACGAACUAAGUGCAAAGUCUCAGAGCUCUUCAUGUAUAGAAUGCCCCUUGUUUACAAAACACUUUGCUAUGUGCCACGACCAAUGGCUUAUUAAGGAGAAUAUUUCACAACUGCGUCAAUUAAUGUCUGAUCAGAACCUUCAACUUCUUCCUGACUAUGAACAGCGUAUUCAAGUGCUCAAGGAUCUCGACUUUAUCGAUGAUAACUCACGUGUGCAAUUGAAGGGUAAAGUAGCCUGUGAAAUACAUUCUGCCGAUGAGCUAGUAUUGACGGAACUAAUUCUUGAUAAUGUUCUGGCUGCAUAUGAGCCUGCUGAAAUUGUUGCGCUUCUUUCUGCCUUUGUCUUCCAAGAAAAAACUAAUAUGGUCCCAAACUUGACUGGCAACUUAGAGAGGGGUAUGAAGACAAUCAUAGAAAUAUCUGAAAAAAUAAACGAGCGUCAAAUUUAUCAUCAAGUAAUUUUAUCAUCCGAGGACUCAAAUGAUUUCGUCUCACGACCAAGGUUUGGUCUUAUGGAGGUAGUCUAUGAGUGGGCCCGUGGGAUGAGCUUUAAAAAUAUUACAGAUUUGACAGAUGUGCUAGAAGGCACCAUUGUUCGGGUAAUAACAAGACUCGACGAAACAUGUCGAGAGGUCAAGAAUGCCGCAAGAAUUAUAGGUGAUCCAGAACUAUUCACAAAGAUGCAGACUUGUCAGGAAAUGAUUAAGAGAGAUAUUACUGCCGUGGCAAGUCUGUACAUGUGA